GAUGAAUCAUUCGUCGAAUCACUAUCGUCGUUCUAGAUUCAGUUGAAUGUUAUUUGUCACUUCCUCGUGUGCGUCAGCUUGUGUACAUAGUCGUCGCGUCGAAUGCGUCGCGAGUCACUCGCCUGUGUAAUUAUGUUUCGACCACACGAUACGAUAUGAAUUAAUGUGAAAGUCCUUCGGCUGUUGGAUGUCUCGCAACGUUAAUCGAACGUAAAAUGCGCUGAACGGAUCCUCCAAUCCUGAUCAUACGCGAAAAUGACAGAUCUGCCGACGAGCGUUAUCGAGAUCAAUAACAGAGAUGACGAGGACAGCGUCGACGUGCACGUCCAGGGAAGUCGAGAGAGGUUGAUCAAGCCUAGGAAUAAUUUCGCGUCGUACUCUAACGAGGACAUCGAUGUGCGAUUUCGUAGUAUCAUCAACAGCAGUAUCAGAGAAUGUAACAAUACAGAGGGUAUCUCGGGUCAGAAUCCAAGGAGGCUGAAUAUCGGGGACAUAACCCCAGGAGCAACAAACUUCUUGUCAACUAAUUAUGAGAGCUUAGAUUAUGACACUUGUGAAAAUUAUCUUUUACAAGAUGAAGAAAGGAAGAAAGGCUUCAAGUUCAUUGUUAAAAAGGACUUUGCCAGAUGGUUCAUUUUCCUUUUGAUAGGAAUUUGCACCGCUUUAAUAGCAUGUUUUGUAGAUAUAUCGGUAGAAGAAUUAUCUAAUCUAAAGUAUGGCUUUCUUAAGAAAUAUGUGGACCAAUGUGUGAUAGAGAAUUGCCUUUGGUUGCCAUGCUUGAUAUGGUUAAGUCUAAAUAUAAUUCCAGUGUUAGUAGGUGCCAUCCUAGUAGCUUAUAUUGAACCUGUUGCUGCAGGAAGUGGUAUUCCACAAGUGAAAUGUUACCUGAACGGUGUCAAGAUACCAAGAGUUGUGCGUAUCAAGACACUGGCUGUGAAAAUUAUCGGUGUUAUAUGUACAGUGGUUGGAGGCCUAGCUGGAGGCAAAGAAGGUCCUAUGAUACACUCUGGCGCCGUGGUCGCCGCGGGAAUUUCCCAAGGUAAAAGUACCACUUUUAAGAAAGACCUGAAGAUAUUCAAAUACUUCAGGGAGGACCAUGAGAAACGUGACUUUGUGUCGGGAGGAGCUGCUUCUGGAGUAUCAGCAGCUUUUGGAGCACCGAUAGGUGGAGUUCUGUUCAGUAUAGAAGAAGGCACUAGUUUCUUUAAUCAAAGCCUCACAUGGAGGACAUUUUUCGCCAGUAUGAUCACUACGUUUACUCUAAACAUAAUUUUGAGCGCGUAUCAUGGGCAUCCGGGCGAUCUCUCGUACCCGGGUUUAUUGAAUCUGGGGAAAUUCGAGUCGAUUCCCUACGAGGUCUACGAGAUUCCCUUGUUCAUGUUAAUGGGCACAUUGGGCGGCGCACUCGGCGCACUUUGGAAUCACGUUAACUACAAGAUCACCUGCUUCCGCUUACGAUUCGUGACACGAAAGUGGCAGAAAGUAUUAGAAGCUCUUUGCGUGGCGAUGCUGAGCGCGACGAUGGGCUUCUUGAUGAUAUAUUUCAUCGACGACUGCAAACCGUUGGGCAAGGAUCCUACCAAGUACCCGGUUCAAAUGUAUUGCAGUAAUGGAGAAUACAAUGCAGUCGCGAGCUUGUGGUUUCAAACUCCGGAAAGCAGCGUGCGAUCUUUGUUUCAUGAUCCGAAAGGAUCACACAACGACUUGACGCUAGCAAUCUUCGUUGUGUUAUACUUUUUUCUUGCUGCUUGUACCUUUGGUUUAUCUAUGUCGAGCGGGCUUUUCAUUCCUUCCUUGUUGAUUGGUUCUGCAUGGGGCAGAUUGAUUGGGUCAGGUCUCUCGAGAAUAUGGCCAAAUUGCGUAAUACUAGACCCUGGCAAAUACGCUCUACUGGGUGCCGCCGCACAAUUGGGAGGAGUAGUUAGAAUGACGAUUAGUUUAACCGCGAUUCUGAUAGAAGCAACGCAAGGGAUAUCCUUCGGUUUACCAGUGAUCAUAGUUCUUAUAAUGGCAAAAUGGGUCGGCGAUUUCUUUAACGAGGGAAUUUACGAUAUUCACAUACAAAUGGCCGGUAUUCCGUUGAUUCCGUGGGAACCACCUCCAUUAUCGAGUAACAUUUACGCGAGUGAAAUCAUGAGUCAUCCAGUAGUGACUCUGAGGACCGUCGAAAACGUGGGACACAUCGUCGAGCUUCUAAAGUGUGUUACAUUUAACGGGUUCCCGGUAGUUGAUCCGCCGAGCAGCGAUCAGAGCGAGAUAAGUACUUACGGCCGAUUCCGUGGUUUGAUAUUGCGUUCCCAAUUAAUAGUACUGCUGCAAAACAAGAUAUUUAACGAGUAUGCGGAGUCGUGGGACAAGUUGCUGAACAUCAAGAUUUUCAGAAAAGAAUAUCCUAGGUAUCCAACCAUCGAGCAGGUUGACGUCACCAAUGAGGAGAAAACCUACAUGAUUGAUUUGAGACACUUUAUGAAUCCCGCUCCGUAUACGUUACAACAUUCCGCAACACUGCCAAGAGCAUUUAGACUGUUCAGAGCGUUAGGAUUACGUCAUUUGCCAGUGGUAAAUGACACAAACGAGGUGGUCGGUAUUAUUACACGAAAAGAUGUCGCUAGGUUCAGAAUAUGGAAACAUCGAGGAAGAAUGGGACUAGAUGAAUUAAUAAUCACUAAUGAAAUUUAAUCCUAGGUCUUUUACCAUUUGAUUUUUUUAUCAAGUUUAGGACAUUAAUAAGAUUAAUUUUAACAGAUUUUAUUUUGGUAUAGAUUACAAAAACUUUAUUUAUGUUUAAGAAUAAUUUAACAAGAAGGCAUAACUAGAGAUCAUGAUAACUUGGCAUCAUGAUAAUUUACCAAAGAUUAGCCUUGCAUGUAUACAUAUAUGCACACCAAGAUAAAAUUUGCAACACUCUUUAAGUUGUACAAGUA